GGAGCAGCUCUUGACGGAACUGGAUGACUUCCUCAAGAUUCUCGACCAGGAGAACCUGAGCAGCACGGCUGUGGUAAAGAAGAGUGGCCUGGCCGAGCUCCUCCGGCUUUACACCAAAAGCAGCAGUUGUGAUGAGGAGUACAUUUAUAUGAACAAAGUGACCGUCAACAAGCAACAGAAUGCGGAGCCCCAAGACAAAGCACCCGAGGAGCAGAACCCCCUGACCAACGGGGAGCCUGGCCAGCACUCCCUGGCCCCUCAGAAGAGCCUUCCAGACCUCCCGCCACCCAAGAUUAUUCCUGAGCGGAAACAACUCUCCAUCCCAAAGAUCGAGUCUCCAGAGGGUUACUAUGAAGAGGCUGAGCCGUAUGACACAUCCCUCAACGGUCAUUGUGGUGGCUUCUCGCCCACAGGAAUCCCCAGAUGGGUCCAGGUGCCUGACGGAGUCAUUUAUGCCACGAUCACCUUGGAGGACGGGGAGGCGGUGAGCAGCUCCUAUGAGUCCUACGACGAAGAGGAGAACAGCAAGGGCAAGUCGGCCCCCCACCAGUGGCCGUCCCCGGAGGCCAGCAUCGAGCUGAUGCGAGACGCCCGCAUCUGUGCCUUCCUGUGGCGCAAGAAGUGGCUGGGACAGUGGGCCAAGCAGCUGUGCGUCAUCAAGGACACCAGGCUCCUGUGCUACAAAUCGUCCAAGGACCACAGCCCGCAGCUGGACGUGAACUUGGUGGGCAGCAGCGUCAUCCACAAGGAGAAGCAAGUGCGGAAGAAGGAGCACAAGCUGAAAAUCACGCCCAUGAACGCCGACGUGAUCGUGCUUGGCCUGCAGAGCCGGGACCAAGCGGAGCAGUGGCUCAGGGUCAUCCAGGAGGUGAGCGGCCUGCCUCCGGAAGGAGCAUCUGAGGGAAAUCAGUACACCACCGAUGCCCAGCGCCCGAACUGCCUGAAACUAGAUAUAACGGAGAAGUACCUGUCAGCCCCGGAAUACGGGAGCUCCGUAGAUGGCCACCCUGAGGUCCCAGAGGCCAAAGAUGUCAAGAAGAAAUGUUCCGCUGGCCUCAAACUGAGCAACCUAAUGAAUCUGGGCAGGAAGAAGUCUACCUCGCUGGAGCCUGCAGACAGGUCCCUCGAAACAUCCAGUUACCUGAAUGUGCUGGUCAACAGCCAGUGGAAGUCACGCUGGUGCUCCGUCAGGGACAGUCACCUGCACUUCUACCAGGACCGGAACCGGAACAAGGUGGCCCAGCAGCCUGUUAGCCUGCUGGGCUGUGAGGUGGUCCCAGACCCCAGCCCUGACCACCUCUACUCCUUCCGCAUCCUGCACCAUGGCGAGGAGCUGGCCAAGCUCGAGGCCAAGUCUUCCGAGGAAAUGGGCCACUGGCUAGGCCUCCUGCUCUCGGAGUCCGGCUCCAAGACGGAUCCGGAAGAAUUCACCUACGACUAUGUGGAUGCCGACAGGGUUUCCUGUAUUGUGAGUGCGGCCAAGACCUCGCUGCUACUGAUGCAGAGGAAGUUCUCAGAGCCGAACACGUACAUCGACGGCCUGCCCAGCCAGGACCGCCACGAGAUGCUGUAUGACGACGUGGAGGUGUCGGAGCUGACGGCCGUGGGGGAAACGCUCAAGGAAGCCGCCCCUGUGACAGAUUGUCCGAGCGAGGCCCAGCCUGACCGAGUGUACCUGGACCUCACACCUGUCAAGUCCUUUCUGCACAGCCCCGCCAGUGCCCAGGCCCACGCCCACUCCCCAGUGCGGUCCCACCUGGAGCCCCAGGCCGAGGCUCUCCCUGCAGACCCGGGCCCGGCCCCAGAGGAGCCCCUCCUAGAGCCUCCUGAGAGCCCCGACUUGCAGCAGACGCGCCAGGAGAGUCCGGAGCCUGAAGAGCCUUCCCUGAGACUUCCAACAGUCAAAAUCCAGACCGAACAGCAGAAAAUCUCCUUCCCAUCAAGCUGCCCCGACACCACGGCUGUCGCCCCGGCUGGGUCUAGCCCGCCUGUGAAGGACAAGUUGAGGGUGGCCACUGCAGAGAUCAAACUUGGCAAGAACAGGACAGAAGCCGAGGUGAAGCGGUACACGGAGGAGAAGGAGAGGCUCGAGAAGAGGAAGGAAGAAAUCCGGGGGCACCUGGCUCAGCUCCGGAAAGAGAAACGGGAGCUGAGAGAGACCCUGUUAAAAUGCACAGACAAGGGAGUCCUGGCCAGCCUGGAGCAGAAGCUGAAGGAGAUUGACGAGGAGUGCAGGGUCGAGGAGAGCAGGCGUGUGGACCUGGAGCUCAACAUCGUGCAGGUGAAGGACAACCUGAAGAAGGCGGAGGCCGGGCCCGUGACGCUGGGCACCACUGUGGACACCACCCACCUGGAGAACGUGAGCCCCCGGCCCAAGGCUGCCACCCCCACCCCUGCCCCAGACUGCACCCCGGUCAACUCUGCAACCGCGCUCAAGAACAGGCCUCUCUCGGUCAUGGUCACGGGCAAAGGCACUGUCCUCCAGAAAGCAAAGGAAUGGGAGAAGAAAGGAACAAGUUAGGAAACAAGCUUCGUCUAAAGACUUCCCUGCCAUCAUGGACCUUGGUGACAAUCCUGCUUCAUUAGUCUUUGCUCGGAAGAAAAAAGACUGUGGUCCUGUGGGUGGAGAGCACAGGCUAGGAGGCGGCUCUGUCCGUUUUCGGAGCCAAAGGAAAUAAUACAGAACAACAGGAAGGCCUCUCUGGAGACCUGCGUCUACUGAGUGGGAACAGUCCUUUGCUGUAUUCGGGGGUAUUCCGUGUUUCUUCUCUGAAGUUUUCAUCGACUGCUUUAUCAAGCUUCGUAAGUAGUGGAACGCUUCUGCUGGUGAGACAUUGGUGGGAGAGAAACCCAGGUGGCAGGAGCCUGUCCCACUGGUCGUGUGGCGUUGGUGACCGAGAAGACCUGAACUCCGGACUGUCAUCUCUCAUCCAAGUGUCUUCAACAUUCGCAGGCCCGACGCCGUCUUCUGUGGCUUUGCCACAGCUUCGACCCCAACCGUGCAGAGCCAUCGGGGACGUGCUUUUUGAGAGACCCGGUAACAGGGGAGACUAUUUGGGACCAGGCUGAGGUGCUGUCCCACAAAGUUCAGCCUCAAGCAGGCCUGAAUCAGUUGCUUUGAAAUAAAAUUUUAAGUGAUGCUGUAUUAUAUAGGAAAAAAAAUGUUUAAAAUUCUUGUCAUUUAGAAGAGCACAAAGAGUCUUUUUGAGAUUUAAAAGUAUCUUUUUGAGAGCGGACUUCUUACGUUACCAUAGGAGAGGAGACUACCCAGUGUUUACAGAACCCGUCCUGUGGCCAGGCUGUUUUUAAGGGAAAAGUUAUUUAAGUUCUGCUUAAUGUCCAGGCCCCUUCCGUGAAGAAGGUGGUGAAUUUUGUUUCGGGUUGACUCGCUCUCCUCUUCAAUUUGGCAGUGCUGUUCUUCGUGUCUUCUCUUCUGAUGCGUCUGUUGUGGUUUAACACCGACUGAAACAUUUCGUCCUUCACUUCUGCCUCGUUCCGGGGAGGGGGGGGCGGUUAGCAAUGAGAGUUCUCUAACACUGGUUCCUGAGAACUAAAAGUCUUCCAUUUCUAUGGUCUCUCUAAUCCCAGGGCAUUUAAUUUCUUUGUCCCAUCUGCUUGGUGUCCUUUACCAAGUGACGAGUUUGAUUUUUUUUUUUUUAAUAAAACGUUAAUUGUAUUUUGGGUUUUUGUUAUUUCAUAGAAUCACUGGGGGCAGGGCCUGGCCUACCUCAAGGGGGAAACAUCC